UAGCGCUUCUUCCAUCUUUGAUAGCUUGCCGACCACAGCCAAGAAGAUCGGAUCGAUUGUCGCGAGUGAUUUUCGUGAAUAAAAGAAAAAAAAAUUUCUCAUACUACAAUUGACUGUGUGCGGUGUUACUUUCGAUAUCAUGGUUUUUCUUGAUAAACGCUCAGGCUUUCAAAAAUUGAAGAGCUUAAAACAAAAUGUCAAUUGGAAAAUCGAAAUCGAGCGAAGAUAUCUUCUGGACAAACUUUAUUAUUUGUUCACCCGUUGGCAGGGUCAAUUACCUAAUCUUCUGGACAUUUUUUUGCCCGAAGAAAUUGAUUCGAUUCUCACAGAUUCCGUUAAGUACAUGUGCAAUGGAUAUGAAGGAAAAGAAAUUGUUAGGUUCGUGGCUCAGACCGGCUACAAAGAUAGGCCCAAAGUUGAACAAGACGGCAAUCCAUCGUCGCGUCGCACCACAGCAGUGCAUCGUGCGUUCACGACCAGAUACGAACUCGUCAGUUUGCUCUUUAAGAUUUACGAUAAUUUUGACGUGAAUUACACCGACGAGUCUGGCCUCACGCAUUUCCAUGUGGCCUGCAAGUUUGGCUGCGAAGAUGUUGUUAAAAAAUUCCUCGAGCGAGGCCAGGAUCCCAAUUGCCUCGUGCCAGAUACAGGUAAUACGCCUCUCAUCUAUGCAGUGAGCAAUACCUGCCCCGAGGUGGUCGAGUUACUGCUGAAACACGGUGCCAAUCCGAAUAUAGCCAACAAGGAUGGAUCAACACCUUUACACGUUAUUUGCGAGCGCAUUGUAAAAGAUGAUGAUUUUAUGGACAUGUUCUUCGAGAUCAGCAAAGGCGUCAAUCAGACGGUGCAGGUAGACGCCCGGAACAGGUACGGCGACGCACCAUUGCACUUGGCUGUUCGCGACAGCAACGCGAAGGCGAUUGAAUCGCUACUGAGAAACGGUGCCGAUCCGAGCUCAGCUGUUCAUUUAAUUUGCAUGAGACCCGACGAUGACAACUUGGUGAGGCUAUUCUUCCGGAUCAGCGAUGAAGUCGAUAAGCCGUUGCAGCUCAACGCCUUGGACGAGUUGGGUCGGACGCCACUGCAUAUCGCUGUGGCCGACGGCUGUAAAGAACAGAUCGUCCGAGAGCUGCUUGCAAGAGGCGCCGACCCUAAUACGGCUGACCAGGAAGGAUCGACACCUUUGCAUUGUACUUGCACGAAAUACCGCGACGAUGACGCGGCGAACAUAUUCCUCGAGCUCACCGACGAAUUCACACAGGCGGUUCAGAUCGACGCGCAGGACGGGCUUGGUAAUACACCGUUGCACUUGGCUCUGAAGAACGGACACAUGGAUGUGGCCAGGAUGCUGCUAAGAAGAGGCGCCAGUUCGGCUUCGGUUAACCAGAUGAGAGCUACACCUUUGCACAUUAUUUGCGAGUCAUUCUAUCUCAACAGAAAUUACCGUACCAAACAAUUCGAGAUUGUCCAAGAGCUGCUGAGAGGAGACGCCAAUUCGUUUUCAGCCAACACCGAGGGAUCGACUCCUCUGCACGUUGCUUGCAAGAGACGCGGACUCGAGGAUGACUUGGCGUCUAUAUUGUUACGCGCGAUUAGCAUCCGCCAUCUAGUCAAUUAUCGGGACAAUGAAGGUAAUACACCGCUGCACUUGGCUCUGUUUCGUGGACACACACGAGUGGCCGCAUCUCUACUGGAAAGUGGCGCUGACCCAAAUCUGGCUAACAAUUUGGGUCAGACGCCUCUGCACGUCGUUUGCAAUAGACCAGACCGUGAUUCGGCGAGGAUAUUUUUGAACGCGAGCGAAGCAGUCAAUCGAGCGGUGCAGGUCAAUGUCCAAGACCGGUUGGGUAACACACCGUUACACUUAGCUGCGGAGUGCAGCAAUGCGAGAGCGAUUAAAACGCUGCUGAGAAGAGGCGCCAGACCGAAUUUAGUCAAUCGGCAUGGGUUGACAACUUUGCACGUCAUUUGCAAGAGAGACUGCGACGAUGAUGACUUGUUGAAGAUAUUCUUCAAGACCAUCAACAAAAUACAUGCAACGGUGCAGAUCGACGCCAGGGACAAUUUGGGCGAAACACCGCUGCACGUGGCUGUGUCUCUUGGCCAUAAAAAAUUAAUCAACUUGCUACUGAGAUACGGCGCCGACCCGAACAUGGCUAACAAGAGCAAAGUGACACCUCUACAUAUUAUUUGCAAGAGAGACCGCGACGACGGUUUGGUGAAGAUGUUUUUCGACGUCAACGAAGAACUCAGUCAACUUGUGCUGGUCGAUGUCCAAGACAAGUUGGGCCGGACACCGCUGCAAUGGGCCGUGGCGAAUCUUUGGCCCAAUAUAAUCGACGUACUCUUAGAUCAUGGGGCUGAUCUGUCUAGCUUCGUUUUUCCCGAUGAGAGUUACUUCGUUGAAAGAUUAGAGUCGCGGUACAAUGAAAUUACACUGGAUUUCAAAUUAAAACUAGCGGCUUCCGCUCUGAUUAUCGUUGAACUUCUUGAGAAGAAAGGAUACGAGCUGGACCGAAGCGAUGCCCUAACGAUCAUGCGAUUUUUUGCUAAUCUCGAAAUGUCCGAGCUGUUCGCGGGUCUUGACGAACGUUGGUAUGACAAUGAAGAGUUUACGGAAUGGGCGAAAAAUUUGAAGAUAGGUGAGAGUCCGUCGCUCUAUGAUUUGAUUCGGUUGCGACCCGAGGAGGCGGCAAAGCAAUUUUGGAACUAUUACAAUUUAGCACAACGGGGUUUAUUGCAACACUGUCCUCGAGGACAAAGACAAGCGUGUCUUGUCCAUCUGUACGAAAUAAUGUCGAGAAAAUUUUUCCAAGAUUGGACUAUGGAUUGUUUUUGUGAGAGUGAAAUGAUCAUCGAGGAGCUAACGAACAAAGAUUUAUACAAUAUAUGCUUGGCCGCUACAACCCGCGUAAAAAAAAAUCGAUGUCAAUGCUUACGCCAAAUAUGGGCCAUAUUUCGUGCAUACUUGGGCCAGGUUAUGAACUUUUUUUACGCGGGAACGUAGAGCUACGUCGAUCAGCGUAAUUGCAGUAUUAUUUUAGGUAUAGAGUAAUCUAAUUUUGUAUA